AUGCCACCAAUAACUAACGGAAAGAAAGGGAAAAGCAAAAUGAUGAACCAGUCAAAUAAUUCAAAUCGGGUAAACGGGGAGCGUAAUAUUAAGAAUGGAGACGCAUCUCAAUUACCGGAUCGAGACGAACGUUUUCAACACGUUAUUCGUCUCAGUAAUGAACGAAUUGAUGUAUAUGAUUUAAAAACAAGGAUGAAUGAGUAUUUAGGAGAGAAGUCAAAUACAUAUUGGACGGCGUUUAAACGUCUCCUUUAUUGUAAAAUUCGCCGUCAAGAUUUCGAGAGUAUCGUUAGACCACUCCUUGAUAAAGAGCAUCAUGAAGAUGAAGAAGCCAAUCGCACCCAAGAUGAUGCAUCCCGUGACCCAAAGCGAAAGAAAAUAAAAGAAUUGAUCAUGUCUUUACCGAAAGAGGAUAGGAAACGAAUAAAAUCUUUCAAGGGUAUGGGACACAUCGAGAAUGUCCAAGUUCCUCCACCGCACUCCGAAAAAUUGCCAACUUUUAAUCUUGAAACACAAGAAGUAUUGCAAUCAGGCUCGACACGAGUCCCGACAUGCGUUGAGAUGAUGGCACUCCCGGACCGUAAUAUGUUGUUGGGUAUGAUUACUCAAAUUGCAAGGGCCAACGGACUUGCAAAUGUAUCUGAAGAAUGUGCAGACAUUCUUAAUUAUGGUUUGGAGGCACAUCUUAAAAAUGUUAUUGGAAAUUGUCUUCAGAAGACUCGUUCCGGGGGGUCAUCAACAGCCCCAUCUCUCGGGGAACGAAGACGUACAAUUACGGCUCGUGACUUGGCGUUUUCGGUUGAGAUGUCACCACACAUUCUCGUACAACCGGGAAUGGUUAAAGAAAGGAUGACGGUCUAA